CAGCUAUGAAUGUGAACUGUACCGAAGGAGACAAUAGAUUUCCUGAUAACUAUGAGAAACCUUCAUCGCUAUGGAACCUUAUAGAGGAGUGUGUCCCUCUAUGUGAGAGAAAUGAAAUCAGGAGGAUUUUAGGUGCAACUGCGGUUGACCUCAGCCUGGACUUGCAUGCAGAGGUGUCCAUUUUACUGGAAAUGUGGCAAGGGAUGAAAGCAACCAGAUUGAGAGUUUCUCAAUUACAAGCUUCACGUACAGCCCUACCAGAGGCUCCUGUAAUCAAAGACCUGCUUCGGCAAGAAAUCCAAUUUUUGCUGUUAGAUAUUCAAAAAAGAGCACAAAAGGAGGGCAGAGGUAACAAUGAUGCACUUGCAUCUUAUAAUCCUGAUGUUGUCAGUUUCGCCAUGGGACAAAGUAAAGUUCAAAGCACCAUGAAUAAACCUGCAAACACAGCGGAUUUGAUAGACAAGCAGAUGGGAGUAAGAACCUCUGAAACAAGCAACAGGAGUGAGAAUGGAAG